UCCUGGUCUCCGCACAUCUCACCACGAAUUCCUCAAUCACGUUACAUCGACCAGUUUUACUCUCGGGAGAAUUGUCAAGGUCGCGACAUUUGCUUUCCGUCAUCUGUGGAUUGCGAUACGUUUUAUUGGCAGCAUAACCUGACGUGUUGAACUAUAAGGAGCUAAAGUUAUCUUCACCACCUUCGCGCUCGGUGCGCCACGAACGAAGAUGGCACCUUCGGUCGCCCCAGCUUCUGAUCCGCCGUCCCAGGCGGAUACUCCGAUGACGGAUGCGAACGAAGAGCCUACAUCUGUGCCUGUAGAUAGCGUGGACGCGACAAUGUCGGGCUAUCAGGAUACCCCUGACUACACGGACUCCGAUACGAACCCCAACACCACAGCAAGCAGUGUGGCCGGUGAUAUUGCGCAAGUGGACGGCCGUAAGCGAAGGGCCGACGCAUUCCACCUCAGAAAGAGCAUUUUGGGCAAGAAACACGGUCGGCUCGACGAAACUAUGGAGGAUGAUUCGAUCCGGCGGUUUCGCUAUCUUCUCGGGUUGACCGACCUUUUCCGUCAUUUCAUUGAAACGAACCCCAACCCUCGAAUCAAGGAGAUCAUGGCCGAGAUUGAUCGUCAGAAUGCCGAGGAAGAAGCAAGAGCCAAGAAGAAGGGUUCGGCGCGCUCAGGUGGAGCCGGUACUGACAGGCGUCGCAGGACGGAGCAGGAAGAAGAUGCGGAAUUGCUAAGAGAUGAACGAAGUGGUGCAGAAACCGGCACGGUCUUCCGGGAUUCUCCACCGUUUGUUCAUGGUGAAAUGCGCGAUUACCAGGUCGCGGGUCUGAACUGGCUUGUUUCGCUACACGAGAACGGUAUCUCUGGCAUCUUGGCCGAUGAAAUGGGGUUAGGAAAGACACUGCAAACCAUCUCGUUUCUGGGAUACCUGCGGCAUGUUUGCGAUAUCACUGGGCCGCAUUUAAUCGCGGUCCCCAAGUCCACUCUCGAUAACUGGAAGCGAGAGUUUAUGAAAUGGACCCCAGAAGUCAACGUACUUGUUCUUCAGGGUGACAAAGAGGAACGGCAUAGGCUGAUUAACGAACGGCUACUUGACGAGAACUUCGAUGUCUGUAUCACGAGUUACGAGAUGGUUCUCCGUGAAAAGUCGCACCUGAAGAAGUUCGCGUGGGAGUACAUCAUUAUCGAUGAGGCCCACCGGAUCAAGAACGAAGAAUCAUCGCUUGCACAAAUCAUCCGUGUCUUCCACUCUCGAAACCGCUUGCUUAUCACGGGCACCCCGCUUCAGAACAACCUACAUGAACUUUGGGCUCUCCUAAACUUCCUCCUGCCAGAUGUUUUCGGAGACUCGGAGGCCUUCGAUCAAUGGUUCUCCAGUCAAGACUCCGACCAAGACACUGUUGUUCAACAGUUACACCGUGUAUUGCGGCCAUUCUUGCUCCGUCGGGUGAAGAGCGACGUCGAAAAGAGUCUGCUUCCGAAGAAGGAGAUGAAUUUGUAUGUGCCAAUGUCGGAAAUGCAGGUGAAGUGGUACCAGAAGAUUCUGGAGAAGGACAUCGACGCUGUCAACGGUGCUGCCGGAAAGCGAGAAUCCAAGACUCGUCUGCUGAAUAUUGUCAUGCAACUGCGCAAAUGUUGCAAUCACCCUUAUCUUUUUGAAGGGGCCGAACCUGGUCCGCCUUACACGACUGAUGAGCACCUGGUUGACAACUCAGGAAAGAUGGUGAUCCUUGACAAGCUAUUGAAUCGCAUGCAAAAGCAAGGAAGCCGUGUCCUGAUUUUCUCUCAAAUGAGUCGUGUUCUUGAUAUCUUAGAAGAUUAUUGCGUCUUCCGGGAGUUCAAAUAUUGCCGCAUUGACGGCACAACUGCUCAUGAGGACCGAAUUGCUGCCAUCGAUGACUACAACAAGCCGGGUUCUGACAAGUUCAUCUUCCUUCUCACAACCAGAGCCGGAGGGUUGGGUAUUAAUUUGACGUCGGCCGAUAUUGUCGUGCUCUACGACAGUGACUGGAACCCUCAAGCCGAUCUUCAGGCUAUGGACCGUGCUCACCGUAUUGGUCAAACGAAGCAAGUUGUCGUUUUCCGAUUUGUUACCGAAAAAGCGAUCGAAGAAAAGGUGUUGGAACGUGCAGCACAGAAGUUGCGUUUGGACCAGCUAGUUAUUCAACAAGGCCGGGCGCAGCAACAGACCAAGAACGCUACUUCCAAGGAUGAACUGCUCGGCAUGAUUCAACAUGGAGCUGCCAGCCUGUUCAGUAAUCCGCAGGAAGCAGCCGGGCUGUCGGACAAGAGAAUCUCCGACGAUGAUAUCGAUAACAUUCUCCGCAAGGGCGAGGAACGCACGGCCGAACUGAGCAAGAAGUACGAGAAACUAGGCAUUGACGAUCUUCAGAAGUUCAGCUCUGAAAGUGCUUAUGAAUGGAAUGGCAAGGACUUUACCGCCGAGCGCAAGAAAGACAUUGGCCUUAACUGGAUCAACCCUGCAAAGCGCGAGCGGAAAGAACAGUUUUACUCUAUUGACAAGUACUAUCGCCAGGCCCUUGCCACCGGUGGCAGAACGGCGGAUCCUAAACCGAAGGUCCCUCGUGCACCCAAGCAAAUUACGGUCCACGAUUGGCAGUUCUACCCGCCGGGUCUCCAAGAGCUUCAGGAGAAGGAAACCGCUUACUUCCACAAGGAAAUUGGCUACAAGGUUCCCCUUCCUGACGGACCCGAGGAAGAGCAGAGCGAUCGUGAGGCCGAACGUGAUUUGGAGCAACAAGAAAUCGACAAUGCGGUUCCUCUGACGGAGGAAGAGCAAGCCGAAAAGGCCAAGAUGUCCGAGGAAGGUUUUUCGACCUGGAACCGUCGUGAUUUCCAGCAAUUCGUAAACGGCUCCGCCAAAUUUGGCCGAACCGACUAUGCUGGAAUCGCCACAGAGGUUGAUAGCAAGGAUCCCGAUGAAAUUGAGGAGUACGCCGAAGUAUUCUGGAAACGAUACACUGAGAUUCAAGACUACCUUAAGUACCUUCGUGUCAUUGAACAAGGCGAAGAAAAGCUCCGCAAGAUGAAUCACCAGCGGAAAAUGCUGCGCAAGAAGAUGGAGAUGUAUCGUGUCCCUCUUCAGCAACUCAAGGUCAACUAUUCGGUUUCGACAACCAACAAGAAGGUCUAUACGGAAGAGGAAGACCGAUUCCUGUUGGUCAUGCUUGACCGGUACGGAGUGGACGGCGAAGGUCUCUACGAAAAGAUCCGCGACGAGAUUCGCGAGUCACCACUCUUCCGAUUCGACUGGUUUUUUCUUAGCCGCACUCCGGUUGAGAUUGGACGCCGGUGCACCACGCUGCUGAAUACUGUCGCGAAGGAGUUUGAAACUGCCGUUGACGGGAAGGCCAACGGUGAAGCUGGGAAAGGCAGAGGGCGUGACCGUGAUGAUGAGGACGUGGAGAACGAUGACGAGGGAGAGCCGGCCAAGAAAAAGAGUCGGAAUACCGCAGUGAACAAGCAAGUCAAGGCUGUAAAAGGCGGCAACAAGUCCGGUUCCACGACGACUUCCCGGGCCGCAAGUGUAUCUUCAAACGCGGCUCCCAAGUCGAAGAAUCGGAAGAAGUGAUGGAGGAGCCCAGCAGCUGUGAAGUGAAAUUUUUGUUAUGACCAUAUAGUAGUGUAUUUGAGGAAGUUAUCGGCCGUGGGAGGUGGGUCGUUGGUUCGUUGUUUUUUCAUACUUGACGGUCCGGCGUUGGAAGAUAGAUGCCCUGGGCGUGGGUCACGUUCUUUAUUAUCUAUCUCGAUUGCCU